UGUCGGGGAGUUAGAAAGCUCAGAAAGCGCAACUUUUUGGAGAGAGAGAAAGAGAGUGAGAUAUAGAGAGACAGAUCGAGAGAGCGAGAGGGGAGCGGGGGAGAGAGAGAUAGAGGAAGAGAAAUAAAGUUCAGGCACCAGUGCAAAAGGACGAGGAGCUACACAAGACACACACUGCUUUUUUACACAUUUCAUACUGAAAGCACGCGCAUCCUGGGAGACUCUUCACAAUCUUCUGUACAUCUUAACAAACUUGCAAGGAUUUUUUUGUUUUGUUUUGCUGCUUGAUUUCUGCGUGUAGGUGUGUGUGUGCUGCUUUAAGAUUAAUUGGCGAGGAUUAAUAAACACAUUGCCCACCUUUUUGUUUGUUGCUGAAGCAUCAGCUCGAGUAUAAUUUCGUUUAAAGUGCAUACGCCCUAAUACAUAAUAAUAAUAAUAUAUAUUUUUUAUGAAUUGAUGGGGAAGAAACUCCCUGUUAUGCAGACUCCUUAAAACAACAUCGGGCUUCUUUUUCUUUCUUCUUUUUUUUUUUAAUGCAAUGGAAGGAUCCAGCGCGUCUAGUUUUGGAAUAGACACCAUUUUAUCCUCCGCCGGUUCCUGCAGCUCGGCGCUCGCGAUGAUGGACGGUGACUUCCGGGCGGCGGAUUUCCGGAGCCGCGCGACUCCUUCGCCCUGCUCGGAUGUAGACGCGGGCGUGAGGAGCCCUUCGUCCCCGAUCUCCGUCACUGCGGAGCCUCCUGAACCGCAUCCGGUGCAAGACGGCCUUCAUCAUCAUCUGCAUCAUCACCAUUAUCAUCCGGUAGCCCAAAACCCGGCCGCGUGCGCCCCGCGGACCGCCACCUCUUCUUUUUUGAUCAAGGACAUUCUGGGCGACGGGAAGCCGCUGGCCGCGUGCGCGCCCUACAGCGCGAGCCUCGCACCGUCCCCGCAGCACCAGCGCCAGCAUCAUCACACUCCGAAAGCGGAGAGCGCGGACUGUCUCACCCCGAAAGCGGAGCACGACGAGCACGGAGGCAAAAUCGAAAAAAGAGACGACAUUCACAACGACACCAAAUGCAACGGAACAAAAGAAGAGGGUGAUCGGGAAAUCUCGAGCUCCAGAGACAGUCCGCCUGUACGCGCUAAAAAGCCGCGGAAAGCUCGAACAGCCUUUUCGGACCAUCAGCUGAACCAACUGGAGCGCAGCUUCGAGCGCCAGAAGUACCUGAGUGUGCAGGACCGCAUGGACCUGGCAGCAGCGCUCAACCUCACCGACACACAGGUCAAGACCUGGUACCAGAACCGACGGACGAAGUGGAAGCGGCAGACAGCGGUGGGUUUGGAGCUGUUGGCGGAAGCGGGCAGUUAUUCGGCUCUGCAGCGGAUGUUUCCGUCACCCUAUUUCUACCCUCCAGGGCUCCUCGGCUCUGUGGACGGAACAGCGGCAGCUGCGGCUGCGGCAGCAGCGAUGUACAGCAGUGUGUAUCGGAACAGCGCACCGGCGCCGCAUCCCGCAGCCACCCUGCACAGACCGCUCGUGCCGCGCGUGCUAAUACACGGCCUGGGCGCGAGCGGGCAACCGGCGCUCAACCCGCUGGGGAAUCCUGUUCCUGGCACGCCGCAUCCUCGGUAAAAAAAAAGAAAGACAAACUACAACAGAAAAAAAUCAAUGAAAAAAGACAUUGGAGAGCGAAAACUGAUUCAGACUGAAAGCGCUCAUUUUUUCCCCCCUGAAAGGACCGAGCGCUUUCCCCCAAGAAAGAAUCCUAAAAGAAGAUGAUGAAGCGGUAUUAUUUAAUAUGGACCAUGCAUUUCUGACUUAUGGCCGUGCACACUAAAGGUGACUGUUCAUUCGACGGAUUGUUGUUUUCGAUUUUUUUUUCCUUUUUUGUACAAAUACACUUAUACUAAAUAAAUGUAAAUUUUAUUAGAGGGACAGAAAAAGGUUGAAUAAAGACAGAAUACUAAACACAAACGUCAUA